ACUUCUACAGAAAAAUAAUCAUUCGAAAUAAAAAAAGCUUAAUUGAGAGAAAAAAAAAAAGAGAAGUCACGGAGAAAGAGGGGGACGUUGAUCGUCGGAAGAGCGAUGUCUUCGUCUUUCGAUGCCUUCAGCAACGAUGGGGAUGCGGCGGCUAGGGUUUCGAGCCACCCCUUCGACGACGAGAGCUACAUGGGUUACGAAUCCUACUCGAACUUCACCGGAGACGACCAAUCGAAUGGCCCAAAUGGGACGAGCGACUACGUCCCCGACGGGAGCUUUGGAAAUGCGGAGGUCCCUGUAGAUCAUGCGAUCUCUCCGGAGCACUACGGCUUCCAAGCCGAUCUGCAACAGCAGUAUCCUUCGGCUGCUUCGCCGUUCACGAUGCAUGAAUCCAAUGGGCAUGUCUAUGGUGCCGAGGAGAAUGGUGACAUCUUUGUAUCUGAUGGGCCUAUUCUUCCGGAACCGGAGGAGAUGAAGGAAGAAGGGUUUCGUCUGCGGGAGUGGCGCCGCCAGAAUGCCAUUCAUCUAGAACAGAAAGAAGGAAAAGAAAAGGACAUGAGGAAUCAGAUUAUUGCCGAAGCUGAGGAAUUCAAACAAGCUUUCUAUGAGAAGCGCAAGCUGAACCGUGAAUCAAACAUGACCAACAACAGAGAAAAAGAGAAGCUGUUUUUGAAGAACCAAGAAAAGUUCCAUGCCGAAGCUGAUAAGCAGUACUGGAAAGCUAUAGCUGAGCUCAUCCCCAAUGAAGUGCCAAAUAUUGAGAAGAAGAGAGGAAAGAAAGAUCCGGAGAAGAAACCAUCCGUUGUAGUAAUUCAUGGACCAAAGCCAGGAAAGCCCACUGAUCUUUCAAGGAUGCGUCAGUUGUUGGUGAAACUGAAGCAUACACCUCCACCACACAUGAAGCCUCCUCCACCCCCAGCAAAAGAUGCUGAAGUUGCUGCCAAAAAAGAUGGAAAUAAGGCAAAAUCGCCGACAAAAGAAGCCACGUUGAAGAGUACUGCUAAUACUACUCAAGCUUCUGCAGCAGCUGUAGAAGUGGAAAUCGCUGCGGAGCCAGAACCAGCUUCUACUCAGUAAUUGGACUGAAUUACAUUGGCCUCGUUCAUCUCCAGGGGCAUGACACGAUGGUUGGAAAGAUGACGACUUUUUUAAAGUCAUAGUUGGAUGGUGGCUUUGAGGCUAAACUAGAAUGACGAUGAAGGUAAGCUAUUGUUGGAUGAUGGUGAUUGAGAGACUGUGUAACGCUUAUUGAAUUCAUGCACCUAUUUUGAUCCAGUCUCGUAAGGGUAACAUAUUGACUUUCAAUGUUUAAUAACUCUUCAAUGUUUAAUAACUCUUGUAUGUGUCUAUGAGUGUUUUAUAUGCAUGUGUUUGAAUCUAUUUU